AAAAGGGGGGUUGGUUUGCAAACUACACAAAAUCCCUCGUGAUCCACGCGCUAUUCACCAUUUUAAAACAGCGAAACUACCAAAGUGAACGCUUACGCUUCCAAAAGGUUGACCCAAUCAAUCUCAUCACUUCUCAAUCUCACUCGUUCGAGAUGAGUUCAGAUCCCGUAGUUCAUGGAUUUGAGGAAGUUGCAAAGCAUAACACUAAAGAUGAUUGUUGGUUAAUCAUUUCCGGCAAGGUCUACAAUGUUACUUCCUUUUUGGACGACCACCCUGGUGGUGAUGAUGUUCUGCUCACAUCAACUGGGAAGGAUGCAACGGAAGAUUUUGAAGAUAUAGGCCACAGUGAUAACGCUAGAGACAUGUUGAAGAGCUACUAUGUUGGCGAUGUUGAUGUUUCCAGCAUCCCGGUGAAACACAAGUCUACAAAGUCUGAACCUUUUCAGGCAACUACACAAACCAACCAAUCUUCUGGAUUACUGAUCAAGUUCUUGCAGUUUCUGAUCCCGUUAGUCAUACUAGGUUUGGCGUUUGGCCUCAAGAAGUUCAAGCAAGAGUCAACCAGUUAGGUUAUUGUACGCUGAAAAUGCAAUUGGUCAAUUUAUAUGGGAUCUUUAAUAGACUUCUUCAAUUUGAUUGUAAUUUUUACUGUUUCAUUGAAGUUGUUUGACUUUUGUCCUUGAUUAAAUGUUUGAAGGUCCAUUCUAUUCAUGGUGAUGAACUUGAAUCAGAAAUGAGGACUGCUUUCUGCAGACUGCA